AUGAGCGGAGUAGCAAAUAAAGACAGAGGCAUCACGACAACUGCAGAGGGAUCUGAGGAAGCACCUGGGACAGUCACCGGGAAGACAGGCCCAUUCCCAGAUGACGGUGGUUGUCGAGGCAUCGAUGAUCUUGAAAGGGCGUCGAUUUCCAUCGGUUCCAGGACCGGCAUUGAUGGAGCAGGGCCUGCAGGAGCCGGAUGCAGUGGGGGCUGUUGUGUCCAGGUGCACGCGCGCACGCACACGGGGGAGAAGCCGCACCAGUGCGCCGAGUGCGGGAAGUCGUUCAGCCAGCUGCGCAACUACAAGUACCACGUGUCGGUGCACGCGGGCACGCAGGAGUUCGCCGCCGUCUGCCCCGAGUGCGGUAAGGUGUUCAACGACCGCGGCUACCUCAGCUCGCACAUGAAGAUCCACCGCAACCGCAAGGAGUACGCCUGCGCCGACUGCGGGCGCCGCUUCAACCAGCGAGUCGCCUACAACGCGCACGUGCGCAUACACACGGGGGAGCGGCCGCACGCGUGCACGCUCUGCGACAAGGCCUUCACGCGCUCGGUACUACUCAAGCAGCACAUGCGUAGGCACACCGGUGAGAAGCCCUUCACCUGUGAGGUGUGUGGGAAGCAGUUCGCGGACCGCAGCAACAUGAUGCUCCACCUCCGGCUGCACUCUGGCAUCAGGCCGUACAGCUGCGGAGAGUGCGGCAAGGCGUUCACCAAGAAGCACCACCUCAAGGCGCACAUGUCCUGCCACACGGGCCUGCGGCCCUACGCCUGCGACCGGUGCGGCACGCGCUUCAGCCAGUCCAGCAACAUGCGCACGCACCGCAAGAAGUGCACCGCGCCGGGGCCGCCUCCCGGUGGCGGCGGGGGUAGCGGGGGCGGCGGCGGCGGCGGGUCCGUGGUCAGGGCGCCGAGCACCAGCGUCAUCAUGCGCGUGUCGGGCGAGUUGGUGCAGCACGUGCUGCAGUGCACCGACGAUGCAGCCGCCGCCGGCGGCCGAAACGUCACGCUUGCUGGCGACGCCGCUAUGUCCCUCGGGGCUCCGUCAGCCACCCACACAGCAUAA